AUGAGUGAAUUUAACAAAGCUGAACGUUAUGCCAAAUGGAUGAUUCAACAAUUUCCGAAAAGUGAUAUAAGAAAUGGAGAUGUUUACAAUUUACUUAGUCUCAUUUGUAAAGAUGCUAAUAAACGAAAAGAAUCUGUUGAAUCUUAUGAGAAAGCUCUUGAUAUUUAUUCUUAUGUGGAUUAUGACAAUAGUCCUCGAGUUAUUGUUACUCAUUGUAGUCAUGGUUUGACUCAUUUGGCAUUAGACGAUAGUCGAACUGCAGAUGGAGAACAAAGACUAGCCGAGGAAAAGUUCGAUUCAUUAUCAAACAAGAAUCUUUUACUGGAACCUAAAGUGGGUGGUAUCAACGCCAAACUUGUGGCAGAGGAUGGUUAG